AGGAGAGAGUUACUGGUGCGUGUGUGAAAGUGGUGUGGGGGCGCCUGGCUCUGACUAUAGUCGGGCAUCUCUUGGUGGGGGGAGAUGCGUCUCGGAUGAAAGAGGAAUGAAAAGUCAGAUGUUAAUCAUAGCCAGAUAAAAACUUAGAAAUGCAGAUAGAAUAGAGUUUAAUGCACUUUUGUAGUAACGCGUCGCUUUCCUAUGCACCCCAUCCCGGGAUCGCUAUAAAACCGGCGUGUUCUGUUUGAAGGACUUUUCUGUGUUAGUUAGUUUGAUCUGAAGGAGCGGCCCAGAAUCUCCCGGGGCAUUUUUUAUUCUUUUUUUCUCUAUCCACUUUCGGCACUUUUGUGGUUCUGUUUCUCCGCUUUGGCGCUCGGUUAAAAAGAGAGAGCAUGGAGGUGGCCAGGGAAGACGCGGGACGGCGGCGGGGGAUCGGCGAGGGCUUCGCGGCCCCUGGACGGAGCGAGAGGCCGGGGCGGCGGACGAGCGGGGCGGCUGCUCUCUUCGCCGUCGGUUUGCUCCUCGCCCAAGUUCUGUGUACGCACGCCUCACCCAUCCAGUUCACCAAAGAGCCCAAAUCACAGGACGCCCUGCAUGGCCGCAGUGCCAUGCUGCGCUGCGAGGUCAGCGACACCACCGACGUGCACUACAGCUGGCUGCAUGACGGCCAGCCUGUGACAGACACGCAACGGCGCUACCAGGAGGGUGGAAACCUCAAGUUCGCCGCUGUCGACCGUCUUCUGGAUUCCGGAAGCUUCCAGUGCGUGGCUCACCGCACAUCUACCAGCGAGGAGAGCCGCUCCACUAACGCCUCUUUCAACAUAAAAUGGCUGGAGAGCGGGGCGGUGACUUUGAAGGAGCCAGCGUCGGAGGUGGAGAUCCAGAGCUCCUCAGCGGUCACCCUGCGCUGCCACAUCGACGGACACCCCCGCCCGACAUGUCAGUGGUUCCGGGACGGCACCCGACUCACGGAGAGGAGCCACCAGAUCAACAAUAAGGAGCGUACGUUGACGCUGGCCAGCGCCAGCCCCGACGACAACGGCGUCUAUUCCUGCUGCGGCAAGAACGCCGCUGGGCAGCUCUGCAGCCAAGGCAAUUUCAAUCUCAGCAUCAUCGAUAAGAGCUUCCCUCAGCCGACGGUGAUCCCUCAGGACCAGGUGGUGCUUCGGAACGAAGAAGCGGCUUUCCACUGCCAGUUCAGCGCCGAGCCGCCUCCCGUCGUGGAGUGGUACCACGAAAACGAGCUCGUCAGCAACAAAACCCGCGUGGCCGUCUUCCCCAACGGCACCCUCCUCAUCACCCAGGUGAAGGUCCGCAGCACGGGACUCUACAAGUGUGUGGCCCGGGGUCCACGGGGCCCUGCCGUCACCCUGCAGGCCACUCUGCGAUUGGCUGAGCUGGAGGACAUGGGCCAGCCCAUGACGAAGACCUUCGCGGUGGAUACCAUGCAGCGCGUGGCCUGCAAGCCCCCCCGUGGCCACCCCGAGCCGGACGUGUGGUGGGAGCGGGAUGGCUCGCCGAUGCCCUCUGAGGGCCGCGUCCGGCAGGAUGGCCUGGAGCUGGUCUUCAGCCCCACCCAGGGUGGCGACUCGGGGGACUACAUCUGCUUAGCCCGUAACAAGGCUGGCCAGAGACGACAACUCUUGACCGUCACUGUGGCCACUGCCCCACAGUGGGUCACUAAGCCCGAGGACAGCCAGCUGGAGGAGGGCCGCCCGGGGUACCUACACUGUCACACCACAGCCACCCCAGACCCCGUCGUCACCUGGCACCGGAACCAGGCCCCCAUCACCGCAGAGGACACACGCUUCAAGCUAUUCCCAAACGGCACGCUGCGCAUCAACAGCGUGGAGGUGUACGACAGCCAGGUGUACAGCUGCCAGAGUCGUACGCAGGGCGGGAUGCUACAGGGUCUCGCCCGUGUCCUGGUACUGGAGAAGCUGAAGUUCACCCCCACCCCUCAGCCAUUGCAGUGUCUGGAGCUGGGUAAAGCACUCACUGUGCAGUGCUCGGCCAAGGGUCGGGAGAAGCCCACCAUCCACUGGACCAUGUCAGAUGGCAGUCCGAUCCCCCUCCACGUGGAGCAGAAUGGUGGCACGUUGCACUUCAGCAGAGUGAAACGCAGUGAUGCGGGAAAUUACACAUGCAUCGCCUCCAACAGCCUGCAGGGGGAGAUCCGCGCGCCGGUCCACUUCGCUGUAGCAGAGUACAUUCAGUUUAAGCUCGGACCGGAGAAUACCACGGUGUACCAGGGCCACACGGCCAUCCUCCACUGCCAGGCCACCGGUGACCCCGAGCCUUACAUCCAGUGGAGAAUCAAGGAUAAGUUUCUGGACCCCAGCACAAGCAGGUUCCAGAAGAUGCCAAACGGCUCCCUGGUCAUCCAUGACGUCGGCACGGAGGACACUGGAAAGUAUGCCUGCAUCGCGGGAAACAGCUGCAACAUCCGCUCCACGCUGGCAGAACUCUACGUUGUGGAGAAGCCGGUGCAGCAGCUCGUUGAGGAGAACGAGAAGGCACCAUACAAGAUGAUCCAGACCAUCGGGCUGUCGGUGGGGGCGGCUGUAGCCUACAUCAUCGUCGUACUGGGCCUCAUGUUUUACUGCAAGAAGAGGCGUAACGCCAAGAGGCUGCAGAAGAGCACCGAGCGGGAGGAGCCCGAGAUGGAGUGCCUCAAUGGGGGUGCUGUGCAACAGAAUGGCCAGACGACGGCUGAGAUCCAGGACGAAGUGGCUUUCACUAAUCUGGGCACCGCUGCCGCGGCUAACAAGCAGCACAGCAGCAACGACAAGCUGCAGUUUCCUCGGGACAAGCUGCACACCAUCACCACCCUGGGAAAGGGAGAAUUCGGGGAAGUGCUGCUGGCCAGAGCCCAGGGCAUUGAGGAGGGUGAGGCAGAGACAGUGGUGCUGCUGAAGAGCCUGCAGGCACGAGACGAGCAGCUGCAGCUGGACUUCCGGCGCGAGUGCGACAUGUUCGGCAAGCUGAGCCACCCCAACGUGGCGCGGCUGCUGGGCCUUUGCCGGGAGGCGGAACCCCACUACAUGAUCCUGGAAUACGGGGACCUGGGGGACCUGAAGCAGUUCCUGAGGAUUUCCAAAAGCAAAGACGACAAGGUGAAGCCACAGCCACUGAGCACCAAGCAGAAGGUGGCCAUCUGUGCCCAGGUGGCCCAGGGCAUGGAGCACUUGGCCAACCACCGCUUGGUGCACAGGGACUUGGCUGCACGGAACUGCCUGAUCAGCAGCCAGCGCCAGGUGAAGGUGUCCGCCCUCCGCCUCAGCAAGGACGUCUACAACAGCGAGUACUUCCACUACCGGCAGGCCUGGAUCCCGCUGCGCUGGCUGCCGGCGGAGUCCGUCUUUGAGGACGACUUCUCCACCAAGACAGACGUCUGGUCCUUCGGGGUGCUGAUGUGGGAGGUUUUCAGCCUCGGGGAGCUGCCCUACACCAAGCUUGGCGACGACGAGGUUCUGGAAGGUCUGCAGGCGGGGAAGCUGAAACUGGCCAAUCCUGAAGGCUGCCCCUCCAAGGUCUACAAGCUGAUGGUUCGCUGCUGGGCCUGCAGUCCGAAGGAACGACCCUCUUUCAGCGAAUUGGUCAAUGCCCUGGGGGAGGUGCCUUCUGACAGCAAAGUGUGAUCAUGCGGAGAACCUCUCCACCUCUCUCGGAGGAGAAGGAGAUGGACAUGGAUUAUACAACCACAGAGACUGUGUUCCCGUCUGUUUUUAUAUAGAUGUAGUGGAUGGGUUAGACGUCGGACGAAAUCCCGGCACAGCCACCAAACCACCAACAUAAUUUAUGUCUUCUGGCCACGUGAUUCCAGAGGUUUUAAAAUUCUUUUAAGAUCUUUAUACUUUUCUUCCUUGCCUCAUGAAACCUUUGGAUCUACCUCUAAGGGACCUAGCUGUGGCCUACCCCUGCCCCUGCCCCCACCCCCUACCGCCAGGAGUGGAUCAGCCAAGCGAACUUGCAGCCGCGUGUGACUGAGACUUUGGCUCUGGUGGCUCACGUGUGCUGGUGACAGCAGUAGGAAAUUUUAAACUGUAUUAGUUAGAUUUUGCGUUAAUUGUAACUGAAGUGUACUGUUUAAAAUAAUAUCCAUGUCUCAGAAUUGGACGCCAGACUCUUUUUCGAAGAGGACAUCUUACCCCUCUGAAUUGUUUUAGUGUGUGUCAGUGUAAUGGGACGGUGAGGUUUAUGUCAGCCUGGCAUUUUUCACCGGACACGUAUUUCUGGCCAACUGCUGAUGGUCGCAGUUGCCAAUACAGGCAAUGUCCAGAUUAAGUCUUCAUUUACUUAUUCUUUACCAUUGAUUAUGGCAGGUUCAUGGUACAAAGAUGCUCUUCCACACCUGAUUCGGGGAACACUGUCCCAGCCGCUGUUGUUUAUAAUGUAUAAAUCCAUGCACUAAUCACAUCUAAACGGGGUCGGGGGGGUUGUAUUGUUUUAUAUACAUAUAUAUAUUCUUAUUUCUUUUUUGUAUUUUAGAAGGAUUUUCAGGAGCCUCUUUAUUUAUUGUGAAGGUCCUGUUUUUCAAUAUCAGUUUUUGUCCAAGAACUAUACUGUUUUUAUUAUUAUUUUUUGGGAGGAGGAUUUUUACAUUUUUCUAUGUAUUUGGCAUUUUUUAAUACAACAAAUAUCAUAGUAAUCAGAAUGUAUUUUACGAAGACAGGAAGGGAUCUGGUAUGACUGUAGGCCUCCGUUACAUCAACAGUUAAAGUGCCUGGUGAAUGAAGGAUCUUUGUGCCGAUAUUCAGUCUUUGGAACUGCAGAUGCAUCUUGUUUGUUUUUUAAAUGUAAUUUUUAAUACUUUUUUCAAGUUUAGCCUUUGUUCUCGGUUUUGAUUGUGCAAAAUACACACCUGGUAGUUGUGUGUAAUCCGACUGCUGGGCGCUGACACUUAGCUUAUCUGCUCCUGCACAGGGAUACAGUAGCCAUGAUUUGUAACUGCUGCUCUCACAAUAAAGGUUCACUAAAUAAAAACAAAA